AUGCCCCAAGAUUGUUGGGUGCAAAUAUUGGAACAACUCUCCCCGCCCGACGCUGCGUCUGUAGUGGCUACAUCGCGAGAUCUACAAGUCUCCGCGGAAAGCUCAUUGUAUCGUCAUGUCAAGAUCGACUGGAUCAAACCACCCCUCAAGCGGGUCCUGACUCUAUUCAGAGUCAUUCACGAGCGUCCAGAUCUAGCAUUCCAAAUUCACCAUCUGAGCAUGAUCCCUUCCAGACUGGAGUAUCCGGCGGAAGACCAGAUGCGGAAGUGGAAACCGCCGCAGAUCGAUGGAGACUGGAGCCAGCUCUCAUUUUCAUUCCAGAAUGAAGUCAACGUUGCAAGGAAUAUUAUCACUAAGGUGCAGUUUCCCUCACCAGCCAAAUGGAUCCAUGCUCUGGAAAACGGCGAUCCAUACGCAUUCGUGGCGGUUCUCCUUUCCCAGCUUCACAAUUUACAGUCGCUGCAGUUAGACUACACUUUCGUGUGGCAGUCUGGAUUCCCCGGAUUAAUGAUGCGACAUGCUCUUCUUUCUGCGCCCAAAAAUUUAAUAUCUCGCUUUGCAGAGCUAUCUAUUGUGGAGUAUGGGAUGAAUGUUCCCCAAUCACGAGUGUUCCAUGAACUUGGAGCGCCAUUUAUCGAUGCAUUUCCUCCGUGUGAUUCGGAGCAAUUUGCAGGCUGGUUCUAUCUGCCUUCUUUGAGAUCUUUGGAGAUCUGGCUCCAGAGUUUGAAUGGUGUCAAAAAUGAAUUGUUGUCCAAGCCCGCUGGAUCAAGCAAAUUGAGACACUUAGCGCGGCUUAAGAGGCUCGUUUUGGCUGAAUCUCCCCUUGAAGAGUGUGAAGUUAGAGAUCUUCUGUUUCACCUGCAUUCACUUAAGAGCCUUCACCUGGGCCUUGUAUAUCCUUCGCAGGACAGGGAGCUCGGCUGGAGCGAAGCCUCCGCCCGACCACCCCUCAAAGAGGCUGGCGUACUUAUUGAAGGACUGAUGAGCGUAAAAGAUACAGUGGAACAUCUGUCGGUUGGCAUGGAGCUUUGUCCACUAUACUACCCCAGUACGUGGAGUUCUUACAACCGCGACAACGGAGACCCAAAGGAAAGUUUCAAAAAUUGUCUUGGAAUUCUGAAGCAUUUCCAGCUUCUCAAAUCUGCCGAAAUUCCAUCGGUCAUGCUUCUCGGCUGGACUAUUGGCGAUGCACCUCCCAUGUCUGAGGUUCUGCCCCAAAAUCUUCAGAAACUAAUUAUCCGAGAUCAACUGAUCCAGUCAGAGGAUUACGAGAUGGACGAUGAUGUAGUCACGGUAGCUAUUCGGGACUUUCUCCCGUCUGUGCAGGCCAGGACACCUCUGCUGGAUACGAUUAUGCUCAGGAGUUUCUGGGCGGGCACGGGCAAAGGGAGCCCAGGGGGCAAUGAUCAUGCUAAGGAACUUCGAAUCAUAAGUGAAGAACUUGGAUUGGACACUGAGAUAUGUAAGGUUAGUUCUAAUAUUUCCCUAGGACUUUGGACGACACAAAGAGAACUUCAUGAAGCUUCUCAUUUCGACUAUCGAUAUAUGCAAGGUCAAGGGUGA